GUCGUCGUUCGUCAGCCAAAAAGAAGAAUAGGUCACGUCAAUCUCGUCUCGAUUCCAAUCUCUCUCUCUAGCUCUCUUCCUAGGAACGACGCGGUCUGCCUUUAUAUAAUACGCCCUUGCAUAGGCUACUCCUGGACACCAACCAGUCCCUUUUAUAAUCAUAAUCCAGAUCAACGUAUCUACACACUCAACAUCACCAAUCCUUGGGAACCAGGCCGAAUCUUGCUCCCAAUUCCAUUGGUCUACAACCCUGAACUCACUAUCUACCACAAAUCAAUCGACCCCGAUCAGACAUGGUCCUUGGAUUCGGCAAACCGUCCCGCAAGUACGCGACGACCCAGACGUCGAAUUAUCACCCGGACACGGGUUAUCCUGUCGGUCAGGACGAAUCUCGGAUUCGACGCGAGCGGGAAGAGAGACAACGACGAUAUCGAGAGGAGGAACAGCAAGGGCGUUCGAGAGGCGGAUAUGGGUAUGGGCAGGAUUCGUCCAGCGACGAUGACGACGGUGCUUAUCAGAGGAGGGGGGAGCAUGUGAUCGGGGUCAACGGGAGGUCAGGUAACCGGGUCAAGACGAUCGAUCAUGCUUUCCCACCGUCAUCAUCAAGUCAACAGCAACGUGCCCCAGCCAGUAACCUACAAUCUACGCCUUUCCCUACUUUCCGGCCGAAGUCGUCCUCAUCAGCCUCAGCUUUAGCUGUCCAGAGUCAGGUGGGCAAGACUGGGGGAAAGCCGAAAAAGGUCAAGAAGAAGACAGAUGUAGAAAAGCAGUUUCAGGCGUUUUCGGUAUUGGAUUUGGCCCCUCCUGCACCGGGUUCGACUGCAACAGCUACAGCAGGCGGAGGCUCGAACGGGGCGGAGAGGAAGAAGACGAAGAAGAAGAAGGUCGUCACAGCUGCACCGGUCGCCGUUCAGCCGGAGCCUAUGGGGAGAGAGCAGGUUCAAGGGCAAGACGCAGCAACGAAAACGAAUGGGCGAUCACAAUUGGGUGCGACAGGCGAACGUGCGCAAGAGCAGAGGAGUUUGGGUUCAGACUUGGACCUGGGCUCCGAAGUCGAUAUGGGGACAACAGAUUCCCGAUCAGUCUCGCAAGCUUCGACGGAUCCGUAUGCACGAGCUGGGCCCUCGAAGCAGGCGGGAGUUUUGCAAGGACAGGCGCAGGGGUCACUCGGACAUGCAAAUCCUUUGGGUUCUGAGGAUAGGUCGGGUUUCGCGCAAGGGUCAGGUUCGCCAUCCGGGUCAGGGUACAAUUCGAGGUCCAGGUCGCCUUCAGAAUACCAUUUAGGCUCGAAUGGCACCCGGCAUCCAACACACACUGGACAGUAUAGUAACGAAUCUACACCUCCAAUGUCCGAGUUGGGUCGACCGCAGAGUUCAGUGCAGAGGAGUUAUGAUGCUGCUUCGCCUUGGACCCAUGGUGUUGAAGAACGGCCUGUCUCCCGGAUGACUUAUCAUAGAGGGGUAGGAUCGGGCAGCCCGGCCAGGAGCCGUCCGACAACUCCAAUGUUGUCGACCGGAACAACAAGGACAAGAACGACCGCUAUGGAAUCGACCUUAGAGCGUCCCCGAGGUGGAAGUCGGGAUGAGUCUGGGUCCGAAUCGGACGACGAUCGGUCGGACGUAUCGGAGGUCAAGAGCAAGGCCGACAAGGUCAGACCGAUCCCGGGCGUCUCGAGGAGUUACAAAAUGGUGCCCCGUACUGGAUCCGGUUACGGGAGGGAGUAUGUUCACGGUGAAGAGCGCGAAUACGGGGACGACUACAGGCGAGACGGCGAGGACGAUUAUUCGCGCGACGCUCAGGCAGAGGACGACUAUGCGACUCCGGAGAGGGAGAAGACGGAGGGCAACUUGAUGCCUCCGAUGUUGUCGAUCCAACCACCCACCCCGCUCAAAGAAGAGCAGGAAGAGAGCCCGUUGGAUGUCUAUGGAUCGAGAUUAGAAGGGGUACAGGAAGAGGAGACGAGGGAUGACGAUCACGCUGUCGAAGACGAGGAAGCCGAGGAUCAAUUCCCGGCCAGACCGACUUUCCGGAACAACACUUCGAACGGGUCUUCCAGGACGAGCUCGGGUAGUCCACACGCCUCGGUCGGGACGCCUCCCCCGCCUGCGGAUCCGAAUCAACCGGCUUAUCUGAAAUGGGAUCAGCAGAGUCAGAGGUGGAUUCCUAUCGUCGGUGCCGCGACCGUGCAAGAUCCUCCCGUUCGGCGGGCCGAGUCGGUCGUCUCGUCGACUUCGGCCUAUUCUCAGGCUUCCGCCCCCGUUUCUACCGUACCAAUUUAUCCUCAGGGUAGACGAUCCAGUUUGCCCGCUAUACAGACGAGCCCAUCGAGGUUGAUGAGAAAGGGCCAGGCUCCCGGACCUUCCCCAUUGUCGCGCCCGUCCAGUCCUGGACAUUCACGAUCACCAUCUCUCGCUGGAGAUUCGCCUAUCAUGCUGGGCCCAAUGAUCGGCGGCGAGUCUUCCUGGGGCUCGAGGAGGAUGUCCAUCGAGCCGGCAUACCAGCUGUCGCCCAAUACGCUUACCCUCUUGCCCGAAGUCCAAGAGCCCGAGACGUCCGACUCGAGACGGGGGCAGUCAGAAUACGCUCGAUCGAGACCCCCCUCGAGAACCGCCUCCAUCAGGAGCGAACGCAUGACGCCGCGAUCUGAAGGACUACAUCGCCCGUCCUCGUCUUUCAGCUUGGCACAGUCUUUCCGUCCGAAUAUGGGUUUCCCUGCGGGUUACGACUUGAACCAACGGUUAUCGACAUUCGGCCCGUCAGCCUCCGAGGUCGGCGAUUACGACGACGAUACCGAUUCGCGUUACGGUCGAGGCAUGCACAAACCCAAGGCGCGGUCAAUCGGUGGUUCGAGCCAUUACGCCGGGAGCGUGUUUGAGGGGAGUCAGUAUGGAGGAGCGACGCAGACGUGGAGAAGACCCGAACAACUUGGCCGGGACGCAGGUCUGGAUACAAUAUCAGCUCGGGGUGAUCCGGUUCCCCUGUUGGGUGCCGACGGGACGGGCGAGGACGGGAGGGGAGGUUAUAACGCUAUGGUUCUGCCAAUGGGAGCUUACAAGCCGUCCUCGGAUCCUACCAAGACCAGCAGUAAACUUGACGGUAGGGUUCUCGGGAUGCCAAGCUCGACGAUGUCCAGUAUCACCCUGUCUGGUACUGCACAGGGAAAUAUCGGUCGACGGCUCUCGUUGACGGGAUUGUCAAGGCCGGCCUCGACCACUCCUGCUCAUCUCCUUGGCGAUAUGCCACCACCCGUCUCCUACUCGGCACAUCAAGCGCCCCCUUCCAAGAUCAGCAGCUCUCAGGUUCUGGUCCAAGUUUAUGCUGUAGCGCUCGAUCGAUUCGACUUUGAUAUGGUACGGGAGAAGACUGAACACGGCAGCGGAGCGGGGAAAUGGGUGCCCGGACGAAGUUUUGUAGGGAGGGCACUCGAAGUAGGCGCAGAGGUCCGCCCGAUCACGAAGGGCGAUAUGGUCAUGGGGCUGGUCGACAUCAAAAAGAGCGGUACUCUGGCCGAAUUCAUUGUCGUAGAUCGUCGCCGCCUUGCCAGAACUCCGGUGGGAUCUUAUCUCAGCUUGGAGCAACAAGCUUGUCUACCUCUUCUCGGAGUGUUCGCUCACAGAGCUUGUAUGGGCAUCACACGGGGGCAGCGGGCCUUGAUCAUGAACGCGCAUGAAGGUGUCGGUGCGCUUGUCUGCCAAGAGCUCUCGCAGCUGGGAGCGCAUGUCGUCGCACAGGUCCCUGUCGACGUCGAGUCCUCAGAAGAUGACGCUUGGGACAACGGCGCUCGGGAGGUAGUCGCCGACGAUCCUGUGAUCAUGCUCAACGGACAGCACGAGAGCGGGUUUGAAAUCGUUCUGGAUACGUCCGGUGGAAGAAGGAUUUAUGAUGCCGCUCGACGUGUGCUCCGUACGAAUGGAGUCUAUGUGACCUUGUUCGGCGAUGAUGCCGAUCAUCUGGCAUCGGGUCCCCAAGUCAAGUCGUCAUUGCACGCUCUCCGGCGGGCAUUCAUAAAGAAGGACAAAAAGGCUAUCUCUUAUGUACAUCUUGCUCCUGGUGGGGCGGAGAUAGAUGUCUCGGGUCAAGACACGCGGGACAUCCUGGAAGAACCCGUCAUGGGACGAUAUCAACCCAAGGUCGGAAUGGUUAUACCCUUCGAACGCGCGCCAGACGCCUUCAGCGAGUUGGCGGCUACGGUAGCGGGCCGAAGCAAGGAGGAAUCCGGAUCGAUCGUUGUAAGGCUGAUGAACUGAUAAAGCCAGAUCCGAAAGGCGCUAGCAAGACCUGUGUGCGGAUAAGGCUCAAAUCAUGUACGAGGUCGGACGUGGCAAUAACAUUUACGUCCCAUCGCUGCCAUACAUCGAGCCUCAUCCUCGUUGAGCGCCUUCCCGCUUG